AUGGUUAAGCCUGCCAUCGCUCUGCUGGCACUGGCCAGCCCGGCCUUCGCUGGAGUCGUCCAGGCUCGUGGUGAGGGAGGCCAACCUGGGGAAUACCAGCCGCCGCCUCCUCCUCCUCCUCCCACCACCUACGUUCCGCCUCCGCCUCCUGUGUCUACUCCGGAGCACACCUACACUCCACCCCCUCCUCCUCCUCCUCCGCCCAAGCCAACCACCAGCUCCCCUGAGCACACCUACACUCCUCCUCCGCCGCCGCCGCCCAAGCCAACCACCAGUUACACUCCUCCGCCCAAGCCGACCACCAGCUCCCCUAAGCACACUUACACGCCUCCUCCCAAGCCAACCAGUUAUGAGUCUAAGCCUCCAAAGCCUACCGGACAGACCACCGUGCCGCCGCCCAUCACCAAGACCAAGACUUACGUGACUACCACUUGCCCAAUCACCUCUUCUACGAUCACCUCCGGCUCGACGACCAUCGUUGUCCCAGUUACCCAGACCAGCACGAUUACUCGCACAGAGACCUACUGCGAGGAGAGCACUACUACGCCCGUGCCUGUCCCGACGCCGCCUGUUGUCAAGAACGAGACCAAGACUUACACUUACGUGACCACGUCUUGCCCAGAACUUCUGUUGACGUUUUUAGUCACCUCUUCGACCGUCGUCUCUGGCAACAAGACUACCGUCAUCCCGAUCACCGAGACCGAGACGUUGACUAAGACCGGA